AUGGCUGGCAUCCCUUAUUCUUCUGAAAAAUGUGUGCCAAUGAGCUCUGCAUUGUUCCUCACUCAAAAAGAAGAGCCUUUCUCUCUGGCCUCCUCCAAUGGGAAAAGAGGGCAGCAUGGGUUUUCCAAACAGGAUAGGGUCACAAAUCCUCCCGGGGGUACAAGGAUAGCAGUUGAGGUCCAGGCCCAGGGAUCCCUCCAUCUUGAAGAAAAGGACAGGAGUAAAUGUGACCUGAAGACUCCAGACCCCAAUCCCCUCCCGGGCACCCCUACCCUCAGCCUGAACCGGCCGUGGCCACGCUUUGAACUUCACCCCGCGCCCCUCGACGCCCCCUCCCCCACCCACGCAACGACCCCCCCUACACACCUUCCCCUCGCUCCGCCCCAGCCCCCCCAACCCCCACUUCCUCCGUCAGGCAGCGCCGCCGCCCCCGGCCCCCAUCAGAUCCCCUCAGCCCCGCGCCCCAUCGGUGCCGCCGCCUCUUUCCUCCCCCAGUCCCGGCUCCACACAAAGCUCCGGACUCACCGCGCGGCCGGUCCCGGGAGCCGCCACCUCCGCCCGCCCGGGGCCCCGGGCCGUAGAGCCGCUGCUGCUACGGGGCCCAGGCCGCCAUCCGUUCCCGCGGCCCCUCCCCCCCACCCCACCCCGGCUCCGGCUCCGGCUCCGGCUCUCUGCCCCCUCCCCGCGCCGCUCCGCCCCGCCCGGCCGGUGCCGCUGUGUCCGGGGCCGCGGGUCCCUCAGCCGCCGCCACCGCCGCCGCCGCGAUCCGGGACAACCAGAGUCACCCGGAAGACGCGGACACUGGACUACCAGGCCCUCGGAUCCGGAUUCCGCGCUUGUGUGGAGUCUGGAGCGGGCCAGGUGCAGUGGCUCAUGCCUGUAAUCUCAGCACUUUGGGAGGCUGAGGCAGGCGGAUCACGUGAGGUCGGGAAUUCGAGACCAGGCUGACCAACAUGGAGAAACCCCAUAAAAAUACAAAAGUAGCUGGGCGUGGUGGCGCAUGCCUGUAAUCCCAGCUACUCGGGAGGCUGAGGCAGGAGAAU